UCCCUCCCCUGGGCCCUGCUCCCUGCCCUCCUGGGCAGCCAGGGCAGCAAGGACGGCACCAAGGGAGCUGCCCCAUGGACAGGGCCCCACAGAGACACCGCCGAGCCUCACAGGAGCUGCUGGCUGCAAAGAAGACCCACACCUCACAAAUCGAAGUGAUCCCUUGCAAAAUCUGUGGGGACAAGUCGUCUGGUAUCCACUACGGGGUUAUCACCUGUGAGGGGUGCAAGGGCUUCUUCCGCCGGAGCCAGCAGUGUAACGUGGCCUACUCUUGCACCCGUCAGCAGAACUGCCCCAUCGACCGCACCAGCCGGAACCGAUGCCAGCACUGCCGCCUGCAGAAGUGCCUGGCCCUGGGCAUGUCCCGAGAUGCUGUCAAGUUCGGCCGCAUGUCCAAGAAGCAAAGGGACAGCCUGCAUGCCGAAGUGCAGAAGCAACUGCAGCAGCAGCAGCAGCAGCAACGGGAACAAGCAGCCAAGACCCCUCCUGAAGGAGGCCAAGGAGCAGACCCCCUCCCCUGCACCUUGGGGCUCCCGGAUGGGCAGCUGCCCUUGGGCUCCUCGCCUGACCUGCCUGAGGCCUCUGCCUGUCCCCCUGGCCUCCUGAGAGCCCCAGGCUCUGGGCCUUCCUACUCCAAUAGCUUGGCCAAGGCCGGUCUCAAUGGGGCCUCAUACCACCUCGAGUACAGCCCUGAGCGGGGCAAGGCUGAGGGCAGAGAGAGCUUCUAUAGCACGGGCAGCCAGCUGACCCCCAAUAGAUGUGGACUUCAUUUUGAGGAACCCAGGCAUCCUGGGCUUGGGGAACCCAGACAGGGCCCGGACAGCUACUGCAGCCCCGGUUUCCGCAGCACCACAGAGGCACCUUAUGCUUCCCUGACGGAGACUGAGCACUUGGUACAGAACGUGUGUAAGUCCUACCGAGAGACGUGUCAGCUGCGGCUGGAGGACCUGCUACGGCAGCGCUCCAACAUCUUCUCCCGGGAGGAGGUGGCCAGCUACCAGAGGAAGUCAAUGUGGGAGAUGUGGGAACGCUGUGCCCACCGCCUCACCGAGGCCAUUCAGUAUGUGGUGGAGUUUGCUAAGAGGCUCUCAGGCUUUAUGGAGCUCUGUCAGAAUGACCAGAUCGUGCUACUCAAAGCAGGAGCAAUGGAAGUGGUGCUUGUCAGGAUGUGCCGGGCCUACAACGCCGACAACCACACAGUCUUUUUUGAAGGCAAAUACGGUGGCAUGGAGCUGUUCCGAGCCUUGGGCUGCAGUGAGCUCAUCAGCUCCAUCUUCGACUUCUCCCGCUCCCUGAGUGCCUUACGCUUUUCCGAGGAUGAGAUUGCCCUCUACACAGCCCUUGUCCUCAUCAACGCCAACCGGCCAGGACUCCAAGAGAAAAGGAAGGUAGAACAGCUGCAGUACAAUCUGGAAAUGGCCUUUCAUCACCAUCUCUGCAAGACUCAUCGCCAAGGCAUCCUGGCAAAGCUACCACCCAAGGGGAAGCUUCGGAGCCUCUGCAGCCAGCAUGUGGAAAAGCUGCAAACCUUCCAGCAUCUCCACCCCAUUGUGGUCCAAGCUGCUUUCCCCCCACUCUACAAGGAACUCUUCAGCACUGAAAUGGAGUCACCUGAGGGGCUGUCUGAGUGACCUGGAGGAGGGACUCCUUUCCCUUCCCUGGAGCCUGCUGGCCUACCUCCCUGGACCCCUCCCACCCUCGGCCUUUUCCUUUCUUGUGCCCCCUGGAGGGUGGUCCCUGCCUGU